AUGCGUCGCCAGAGAGCAUCUGAACAACUGCGUUCGAAUCAAGAGCGUCAAGAUGCAUACGUUAACCAAGGUCGUAAGCCGCCUCGUACUUUUGAAGUCAACUCAUUGGUUUUUGUUAGAAAACAGGCACAAUCGACUGGGAAGCUGGAUUCCUAUGCAGAGGACGAGGAGUCGACAACUCCUAGCGUUACCCAGCCUUACAAUGUUGACGUUCCUGGUGACGCGAGUGAGCCGCAACCUAGCACGUCAGGGACGCAGAUACAUGGCGAAGAGCCUGCUGCGUCACCCACCUUCACGUCGAGCGAUGACAGCACAGAGCCUUCGAUGCCAAUGCUGGAGACUGAUCUCCAGAGU